AUAAACAGUGUCGUGUCAUCAACCUACAUUCUGAUUCUGACUGAAAAUUGGACCACUGUGUUUUUUAUUCUCUCCGUGAAACAUUCCAGUCACUAACCUUCAAUAUGCGUGAAAUUGUACAUCUCCAGGCUGGUCAGUGUGGUAACCAAAUCGGUGCCAAGUUUUGGGAAGUCAUUUCUGAUGAGCAUGGAAUUGACCCCACUGGUACCUACCACGGCGACUCUGAUCUUCAGUUAGAAAGAAUCAACGUGUACUACAAUGAAGCAACUGGUGGCAAAUACGUUCCACGUGCAGUCCUGGUUGAUUUGGAACCAGGUACCAUGGACUCGGUCCGAUCUGGUCCUUUCGGACAAAUUUUCAGACCAGACAACUUUGUAUUCGGUCAGAGUGGUGCUGGUAACAACUGGGCCAAAGGUCACUACACAGAAGGUGCAGAGUUGGUAGAUUCUGUAUUAGAUGUUGUCCGCAAAGAAGCAGAGAGUUGUGAUUGCCUACAGGGCUUUCAGUUGACUCACUCUCUUGGUGGCGGUACUGGUUCUGGUAUGGGCACCCUACUCAUCAGCAAAAUCCGCGAAGAAUACCCAGAUCGCAUAAUGAACACAUUCAGUGUUGUACCAUCACCAAAAGUAUCAGACACUGUUGUUGAACCAUAUAAUGCAACCCUUUCAGUCCAUCAGCUUGUUGAGAACACCGAUGAAACCUACUGUAUUGACAAUGAAGCCCUCUACGAUAUCUGCUUCCGUACUUUGAAACUCACCACUCCUACUUAUGGUGAUUUGAACCAUUUGGUGUCGGCAACCAUGAGUGGUGUGACCACCUGUCUGCGAUUCCCUGGCCAAUUGAACGCUGAUCUCCGUAAAUUGGCUGUCAACAUGGUACCAUUCCCACGUCUCCAUUUCUUCAUGCCUGGUUUCGCUCCAUUGACCAGUCGUGGUAGCCAGCAAUACCGUGCACUCACCGUACCAGAGUUAACCCAACAAAUGUUCGAUGCCAAGAAUAUGAUGGCUGCUUGUGACCCACGUCAUGGUCGUUAUCUCACAGUGGCUGCAAUCUUCCGUGGACGUAUGUCCAUGAAAGAAGUUGACGAGCAGAUGUUGAAUGUCCAGAACAAGAACAGCAGCUACUUCGUUGAAUGGAUCCCCAACAACGUAAAGACCGCCGUCUGUGACAUCCCACCCCGUGGUCUCAAGAUGUCUGGUACCUUCAUUGGUAACAGCACUGCCAUCCAAGAGCUCUUUAAGCGUGUAUCUGAGCAGUUCACCGCUAUGUUCCGUCGUAAGGCUUUCUUGCAUUGGUACACUGGUGAAGGUAUGGAUGAGAUGGAAUUCACUGAAGCCGAAUCCAACAUGAAUGACUUGGUAUCUGAAUACCAACAAUACCAGGAUGCAACAGCUGAAGAAGAGGGUGAAUUUGAUGAGGAGGAAGGUGAAGAUGAAGAAGCUGCAUAAAUAAUGGAUAUGCAUUCUCCUGCACCAUCAUUUCUACUUGGAUAACUUUGUUACGAUUCUCAAAUAAAAAUAAAACAGUUGUCUGCAAUAUAUACAUUAUAGGUUAAUUGUCAACCACUUGGUUCAUUUAGACAAGUGUGAAUUAAAGUGCCUUAUUUCAGUGACAA